CGUAAACAGAAUGUGAAACUUCAAACUUUGUCUUGAUUUUGCGUUUUUCGUUAAUUUUGACGUUUUGACUAAUAUGUUUGCAAAAAACUACCAAGUUUCUGUGUUAGCAUAUUCUUAUCAAUACAAUGUGGAUAGUUUAAUAAAUCCAUUAGAUCACUGAUCAAAUUUCAAUUGAAAACCCAACAUGAGAUGUGUACCAGCUUGGGUUGAUAAAGUUCAAGACAGAGAUAAAGUUGAACAGUGUAUUUACGACCUGUGUUUCAACCCUGACGGCUCACAGCUGGUUGUUGCCGCAGGACAGCGAGUGCUUGUCUACGACACCAGCAACGGCUCCCUGAUACAACCACUGAAAGGUCAUAAGGAUUCGGUGUAUUGUGUUUGCUAUGCCAAAGACGGCAAGAGGUUUGCCUCAGGAAGUGCUGACAAGACUGUUAUCAUAUGGACAUCCAAGUUGGAGGGUGUGUUGAAAUACAACCAUAGUGACGCGGUACAAUGUCUGGCCUACAACCCUGUGACACACCAUCUAGUGAGUUGCGCCGUCAGCGACUUCGCCUUCUGGGUGGCCGAGGCCAAAGCCGUCACCAAGCACAAGACCUCACGGGUCAACGCUUGCGCUUGGAGCAGCGAUGGACAACAUCUAGCGCUGGGCCUGGCCGUUGGUGCUGUCAGCAUACGCAACAAGGCGGGAGAGGAGAAGGUUAGAAUCGACAGACCAAAUGCUGUGUGGGCACUCGCCUUCAGUCCUAGCAAGGAUGAAAACGGUGACAUUCUCUGUGUUACUGAUUGGGGGCAGGCCAUGUCGUUCUAUACUGUCACCGGGAAAUUGGUUGGCAAGGAGCGCAGUUUAGGCAGUGAGCCUCUAUGUGUCCGCUACUUGGACCACGGAGAGUACAUCUUGUUGAGUGGCAGUGACAACUGCUGCCACCUGGUGACUAAGGAUGGUAUCAAGUUGGGGGUGGUCGGUGACCAACAGAGCUCCUGGGUCUGGUGCUGUGCAGCUCGGCCUAACUCCAACUAUGUGGCCUUAGGAUGUCAAGAUGGGACUAUUGCGUACUACCAACUUGUGUUCAGUACUGUACAUGGUCUUUAUAAGGAGAGAUAUGCUUACAGGGAAAAUAUGACAGAUGUCAUCAUUCAACAUUUGCUCACUGAUCAGAAGGUUAGAAUCAAAUGCAGAGACCUGGUCAAGAAAAUUGCAAUCUACAAACAUCGGUUAGCUGUCCAGUUACCAGAAAGAGUGGUGAUCUACGAGCUCUACUCAGGGGAACCGACUGGAAUGCAUUACAGAGUCAAGGAGAAGAUUAACCACAAGCUGCAGUGUAACUUGCUAGUCGUCUGCUCUGACAACCUUGUCCUGUGUCAGGAGAAGAGGCUGCAGAGUUUGAUGUUUGAUGGAGUGAAGGUGAGAGAGUGGGUGAUGGAGUCUCCCAUCAGAUACAUCAAGGUGAUCGGAGGUCCAGCAGGCAGAGAGGGGCUGCUACUGGGACUUCUGAGUGGACAGGUUCUGAAGAUCUUCCUGGACAAUGUGUUCCCAGUACCAGUGGUGAGGGCAGGGGCGGGUGUCCGUUGUUUAGACCUAUCUACGUCACGGCGCCGUUUGGCGCUAGUUGACGAGGCUGGACUCUGCUCAGUUUACGACACUCUCGUCCGACCCCCUCGCCUUCUUUAUACUGAACAAGGCGCCAACAGUGUGGCGUGGAACACCUCUUGUGAAGAUAUGCUCUGCUUCUCUGGUAACAACACACUCAGCAUCAAAGCUGCUGACUUUCCUCUUCAUCAGCAGAAACUAAUGGGCUUUGUAGUCGGAUUCUGUGGAUCCAAAAUCUUCUGCCUGCACGUAUCUACAAUGGCAGCCAUAGAAGUUCCUCUAUCUGCUCCAAUGUACCAGUAUCUGGAGAAAAAACAGUUCAGAGAGGCGUAUUCAAUCGCUUGCAUGGGUGUAGCAGACGGAGAUUGGAAGGCUUUGGCACACUCUGCUCUUGAACACUUAGACCUCAGUGUCGCCAGCAAAGCCUUUGCACGCAUCCGAGACCUUAGAUACCUCGAGCUUAUCAAUGACUUUCAGGAAAGGCAAAGCAAGGGGGAGAAGGAGAAGGAAGCGUUGCUGGGUGAACUGUUGGCGUACAAGGGGAGGUUUAAGGACGCGGCUCGUGCCUUUCAGCGCUGCAACCAAGAACACAAGGCAUUGGCCAUGUACACAGACCUGCGCAUGUUCGACCAGGCUCAGGAUUUCCUCGGCAGUGGUGACAACAUUGACCGUAAGGCGUUGCUACGCAAGAAGGCGGACUGGGCUUGCAACAUCAACGAGCCUAGAGCUGCUGCGGAAAUGUACCUUUCAGCUGGCGACACUCUCAAGGCUCUAGAUAUCAUCGGAGCAAACGGAUGGGUGGACAUGUUGGUAGAAGUGGGUCGCAAGCUGGACAAAGCGGAGGUGGAGGCUAUCAGAGCUGUAGCCUCGCACCUCAGCAACUGUCAACAGCUGGCUCUAGCCUCGGAGAUGUACCAGAAGCUGGGUGAUCAGACAGCCGUGGUCAAGCUGCACGUGGCAGCCGGUCAGUGGACAGAGGCAUUCGCCCUGGUGGACAACAUGCCGGAGUUGAAACACCUCGUGCAUGGCCCGUACGCUCACUGGCUGGCGGAGCACGACCGCUUCAUAGAGGCCCAGAAAGCGUUCCACCAGGCAGGACAGCCGGAGCAGGCAUUCAAGGUUUUGCAUCAUCUGACUCUUAACGCUGUCAACGAGACGAGAUUCAAUGACGCAGGCUACUACUACUGGCUGCUCAGUUGUCAGUGUCUGGAUAUUGCCAACAAAGUAAAGGAACAAGAAAGCGAAAUGAUAACAAAAUUUCAUGAGUAUGAGAAAUACUCUUCCAUCUACUACGCAUACCAUGUCAUUCAGAGAUAUUUGGAGGAGCCGUUCACAUCGUACCAGCCGGAAGCUUUGUUCAACAUCGCUCGGUAUUUGUUGCACGAGACCAAGGCAGUCAACCCAACGGGGGUGUCUCAGUUCGCCAUUUUGUAUGCUUUGUCAAAGCAAGCUCGAACACUGGGAGCGUACAAGUUGGCCAGACAAGCCCUUGACAAGAUGCAAUCCCUUCGUAUUCCUCCACAGUUUCAGGAGUAUGUAGACAUAGCCUCCAUGAUGGUGCGGGCCAAGCCGUACCACGACAACGAGGACUUGCUGAUCAUGUGUUAUCGCUGCUCCUCCUACAACCCACUGUUGGCAAACUCCAGUGUUGCGGGAAACUGCUGUACCAACUGUCGGCAGCCGUUUAUACACUCGUUUGUAACUUUCGAGGUGCUGCCAUUGGUGGAGUUCCAGUUGGAGCCAGGAGUGACUGACGUGGAGGCUGCGAGGCUACUCGAGGCCCCAGGGACACAGAGCGAGGCUUGGACGCAGCGAGUGGACGAACACUCACAGACGCUACGACUGGACGACACCAUGGCUGCGGACCCCUUCACUGCAAGACUGGUCUCGUUUGAGUCGGAAGCUGACCAGUUCGAGCCUGUUGUGGUGAACAGAUCGACCCUUAAGGCCAUGGACCCUGGCACAGUGGUUAUAUGCAAGUGGCCUCCUCCCCUACAUUACCAGUACUACCGUAGUCUGCUACCUGAACUGCAGAUAUCUGUCUGUCACUCUUGCAAUAAGAUGUUUCACACAGAUGAUUUUGAGAUGAAGAUUCUGCAACAUGGUCACUGUCCAUUCUGUCGUUCACCUCCUCCAUCAAAUGUAGAAGUCACUCAGAUGUAGAAUAUAUAAUUAAGCCUACACAAUAUUGAAACUCAUCCGUCCAUAAGAUCUUUUAGCACCUUUACGUGAUAUUUAUUCAUUUUAAGUCACUAUUUUUAUACACUUUUUAAAUGUAAAAUAGGUUAUG